AAUACCAUAAACAAAUUGUCUUUCUUGUCAACUUGAACGAGUGUUUCCUCUUUCGUUUCAGGUUAAUACGACCAAAAAAACCAAAUUUAACAGCCUCUUUUAAGUAGCCGCGUUUUUGGGGUUGUCGCUUGAAGCUACUGGACCACAGAGUCGGCGUGUGUAACCCAGAGGAGGACGUUUUUGGGGGGCACGACAGAUAUUUUUUUGCUAAUUGCAUUGACUGGACCGCGUUGAGAAGAAACCAUGUCUGAUUUAAUUCUGGUUCUCCUGUUAGUCUUGCUCCUGGUGUGUUUGGUAGUGACAGUAGGUGCCUUCCUGCUGUACUCGGGACUGUUGUGCGACGUGAUUGUAAAAACCGGGCCACCUCCUGUCAGAAAUGUUACCAUUGCUUACAAGUUCAGAGAGGGAUCAUACAAGGACUGCGGUGCAGCCUACACAGAGAGCUGCAGCAUUGGGCCAAAGCUGAGCACCGUCGGGGUCUUUUACGAUGACCCCAAGCAGAGGCCUGCAGAAAAAUGUCGUUACGUGGUGGGCAGUGUCCUGUGUGAGGGCGAAGAGAAGCCCGAUGAAGAACUGCAGAAGAUGUAUGAGAAGUUUGGCUUCAAGGUGUUUUCUCUGCCUGAAGUGAGCCACGCUGUGACCACCAGCUUCCCCUGCACCACCCCUCUGUCUCACGUGCUGGGACCUUACAGGGUCUACCCCAGGCUCGCCUCCUACAUUGAGGAGAGGAAGCUGUGUGCAUUCCCAACUAUUGAGAUCUGUGGCUCAGAUGUCACCAACUAUAUGGUUCCACUGUCUCGACAGACGGACUUCUUUGUUCCAGAGAUGAAGGAGGAGGUUAAAACAGAUGUUAAAGAAGAGGACUCUGACGAGGACAGAGGAACUGACAUUACAGGUGCAGACUCCCACAGUGAUGUGAGUUCAGUGAGUGGCGGUGUGCCGUGGGACAGUAGAGAGACAUCCCUAGCUGCUUCCACAGCCGCCUCACUGGCAUCUUCCCUGCCUCUGAGGGACGUAAUGGAUGCAAAUGAAGACGCUAAGCAGAGGGACAACAGCGAGAGAGGCUCGAACGAGUCUAUGGGCAGCGGCUCGUCCUUUGAAGAGCUUGACAUGGAUCAGGAGGAGCAGGAGGCGGGAGAGGAGAGGGAAGAGAGGGGAGAUGGAGAAGAGGCGGAGGUCCCUGAGGGUGAAGACGGAGCUAGAGAAGCAGUUGAACUGAUGGCUGAGAAGAUGGAGCCCGUGGGGGAUGGAGAGGAGUAGGGAGGAUGCUGAAGAGAUAAGAGAUGAAGCCAUGUAACACUGGCAUGAUAGAGAGUUUCUCAGUUGUUGCUGGUUAUCUGUCAUGUAAUCUUGUUGGUGGAUCUAAAGCUGUUCAUGCCAUGACCAACAUGCCAUAUUUCUGCGCCUUCUUAUUCUCUUUCUGAAGCCUGUACUUUUUGUUAUACUGUAAUCUCAUUUUUAAAAUAUUAUUCCUGAUCCUAUAUUUAAACUCUGUCAGGACAGAAUAAUAGACAGCCCCAUUUAGUUAAAUCUUCUUAAGUAAUUUUCUCUGCACAUGUUGUGCAGAAAAUGAGAGGCACAAUUUGUUCAACUCUAUUUUUCAUUUCGAAUUGUAAUCCUGUGUGAAUCCCCACCAUUCGUGUUCAGAUUAGAGGUGACACUUCAGUUUAAGAUUUACAUCAAGGGAAAAAGCAGUGACGCCGGCUAUUUUGGAUCAUUGUAUAACUUCUUUUUGCCUGUGUGUGACAGUUAUUGUACCCCACUUUUAAGGUCAUGCCCUGAGGAAUUUUUUGUAACAUAUUCGUGUGCAUUACCCGAUUUUGGUGUCUUGAUUUACAGUAACAUUAGGUUUAAAAUUUGCUGGAGCAUUCACAACACAACAGCUCCCCAAAAGUGAAGCCAAAACAUCUUGAUCGCCCCCUGGUGGCUGGUUGCAGUACAGGUCAUAAACCCC